GGUCAUCGUAUGGCUGGACAGAUUCGAUCUGUCAAUAUCCCAAAAUUCAAAGAUUUUAUUAAAGAGGGCGAGGUCUACGCAAUUCGCAACUAUCAAGUCGAUAGCAACAUUGGGCUGUAUCGAUCGACCAUGCACAAAUUUAAAAUGGUCAUACAUGGGAUGACUGAAAUCCUAAAGUUUAAGGGGGAUUUUCCAUAUUUCCGAUUUGAUUUUAGGAACUUUGUUACUCUCCAAGAUCCCAAUAAUGUUGAUGAAUCCACCCUUUUUGAUAUUAUUGGAGUUGUCGUGGAGAUUGGUUCUGUUGCCAUUAAAGAAUUUAAUGGCGUCCCCACAAAAAUGAUUGUUUUUCAUUUGAUCGACUUGGAAGAGAACAAGUUGAGUUGCACUCUUUGGAACGAAUAUGUUGAUAUAUUUCUUCAACAUGAACAACAACAUGCUGUGGUUGAAGGCCGCCAAUGGAUUAUGAUAAUUAACUUGUGUAGAGCAAAACCAUUUGAUG